GUACCGGCUAUGCCGUCCGCCCGCCGCCAUACGGCACUCUUUGCUCUCGCUGCACUGCCGGGCGCAGUAGCCGGGUGGGCGGCAAACACCGGCUUUUCGUUCCCGGCCCGGCAGCCGGCUGGGUGAGGAGCACCGAGGAACCACAGCUCGUCACCGCGGAGCUCCCGCCGUCCUCAGGAUGUGGAAGCUGGUGCCCGCCGCAGGACCAGGAGAGCCAUUUCGACUUUUAGUUGGUACCGAAUAUGUUGUUGGACGCAAAAAUUGUGCUUUUUUAAUUCAAGAUGAUCAGUCAAUCAGUCGAAGUCAUGCAGUUCUGACAGUAAGUCGUCCUGAAACAACCCAUAGCCAGUCUGUUUCAGUCCCCGUGUUAACAAUAAAAGACACCUCCAAGUAUGGUACUUUUGUUAAUGGAUCAAAAUUGAGUGGCGCUUCAAGGUCUUUGCAGUCUGGAGACAGAGUAAAUUUUGGAGUCUUCGAGAGCAAGUUUAGAGUGGAAUACGAAUCUUUAGUUGUCUGCUCCUCAUGUUUAGAUGUUGCUCAGAAAACUGCUUUAAAUGAAGCCAUCCAGCAGCUUGGAGGGCUUGUUGUGAAUGAAUGGACAAAAGAAUGUACUCACCUUAUAAUGGAGUCAGUCAAAGUUACUGUUAAGACAAUAUGUGCUUUGAUUUGUGGACGACCAAUUGUAAAACCAGAGUUUUUUAGUGAAUUAAUGAAAGCUGUUCAGUCCAGGCAACAAUUGCCAACUCCUGAAAGCUUUUAUCCUUCAGUUGAUGAGCCUGCCAUUGGUAUUGAUAACAUGGAUUUAUCUGGACAUCCUGAAAGGAAAAAAAUAUUCAGUGGAAAAACUUUUGUAUUUCUGACUGCCAAGCAGCACAAGAAACUGGGUCCAGCAGUUAUUCUUGGAGGAGGAGAAGCAAAACUGAUGACGGAGGAAAGAAAGGAAACUUCUUUACUGGUUUCUCCUGAAGUUUGUGUUGUUGAUGUUGGGGUGACAAACUCUCAGAUCCUAGGAUCUGAGUCCAUGAGAAACCGGACUGAUUCCAUUCUGGCUGUCUUGGAAAGCAACAAUCUCAGGGCUAUUCCUGAAGCAGAAAUUGGAUUGGCAGUUAUCUUCAUGUCUACAGAAAUAUACUGCAACCCCCAGAGGCAGCCUGAUAACAAAGGUGAUUGGAAGAAGGGUAGUACUGUAACUGCAAGUACCGCAUCAAAAGUGAGGCCAGUGAGUUCUCAGAGUUCGACUGUGGAUGAAACAAUAAUGCCAACUGCUGCCGCAGAUUACAGUACAUUAAAUGUAGCUGAUACGGAAAUAGAAGAGCAGACAUGUAUGGAGAUAGAGAGGACAACUUCCCAGACAACGAGGAGAGAAAAAGUGGCUUUCCAGCAAGCUGCUGUAAGGGAGAACCCUAGCACAAGCGGCACUGCAAAUGCAGGAACGUUGAUAUCUAGAGUGAACAGAACAUCUGGGUUUAGUCAAAAAAAUCAUCCGCACUCUCCAUCUAAAAUUUUGGAAGUUGAUAAACCUAGAGAGUGCACUCCACGUCAGCAGUCUAAUUCAAUUACAAAUUACUUCCAUGUAGCUAGGAAAAGGGAAAGAGCUGAAGAAGGAGAAGAAACAUCUGUAUCCAAACAAACAAAACUGGAGAAAAAGCCAUUGCCUGUUUCCGAGUGCACCGAAUCCUCAGCUUCAUCAGCAUGGAAUAGUGAAAAAGAACAGCAUGGAAAGGGAAAUAACAUCCAGCUUGGAAGGGAAAGUGGUGAACUGGCAAGUGAUAAAACUGACAUUAAAAUUACUUUUAGUGAAAAUCCUGCACCAAAGAAAAGAAAGGAGUUAGAUGAUGUAUCUGAAGAUGUAGAGACGCUAGAGACGGUGUUUGAAAGCAGAGACCUAGACUGGGAAGAGCAAACAGCAAAUGGUGACCAGGAAGCUCAAAGCAAUAAACGAAAGAAGAGAUGUUUGGAAACCAAAGGCAGCAGAACGGAAGAAGGAAAUACAAAGCAGAGAGAGGAGAAUGAAAUGCUGAGAAAAGAAGAAGUUGGAUCAGUUCUGACUCUGGAAGACAAAAGCAAGAUCAAGGAAGAAUCAUCAGUCUCGAUAAGAAACAAAUUAAUUAACCACAACAAACUUGAAGAUGACUCCAGCCGUCUUCCUAGCAAACUUCUGUUGACUGAGUUUCGAUCACUGGUUGUCAGCUGUCCAAGAUCAAACAGCCCAACUAUGAGAAAUACCAAAUGCAGGGGACAGAACAAUUUCAAAACGUUCAGAAAGGUCCCUUACCCAGGGGCAGGACAACUUCCAUACAUAAUUGGAGGAUCAGAUUUGGUUGCUCACCAAGCUAGAAAGAAUUCAGAACUAGAAGAAUGGUUAAGAGAAGAAUUGGAGGAGCAGAAUCGACGUGCAAGAGAAGAAUCGCUUGCUGAUGAUCUCUUUAGAUAUGAUCCUAAUGUGAAGAGGAGAAGAUAAAUUGUGACCUGAAUUUACAGCAAUUCUGUAUCAAAAUCUGCUUUCUGCUCCACUGAUAUGUUUGCUGGUUACAGCAUGUAAUAUAUACACAUGUAUGACUGUCUGAGCUAUCUGUUAUUGUAUGACUUGUUUUUAAAUAUUGGUUUUAUUACAGAAAAAGAGAAGUUUGUUUCAAGGAUUGUAUAUUUAAGACCUUAACAUUUUUGUGUCAGAGUAAUGCUUAGGAAAAUACCACAUGUAUUUAGGAUUUAAUUUCAGGCAGCUUCUUUCUAAUGUUUACUUGUCAAUACUAUUGGAAGGGGAAGGGGAAGGGGAUGGGAAGAAAAGAAGAUCACGCUUUUUUAUUUCUAGAAAGGCCUUGUUAAUUAAUUAGCUUUUGUACAUUAUCACUUCUGCCUUAUGGUGAAAGUUUUUGAAGAGUGCAUAAUCAAGAGAAAGAAGUUAAACCAAACUGUAAGUAUUUCUUAUUUACUCAGGCACAAAUUUAAUAUUAAUCAACUCCAGCUUCUUCCUGUUCUUGAAGUUGGUAACAACAAAUUAUUUAUAGAUAGACACCAAUUUUUUGUGAUGGCAAAUAUUGAAACAAAUCUUAGUAUUAAAAAAAUGAGAGAUCUUGCCCCAUUAUCAGUAUUCAGAUAGUCGAUAUUUGUUUGAACAUCCUACAGCUGGGCUAGAAACAGUCCUGUAAACUCAGGAAAAUUUUACAAUAGCAACAAGCAGUUCAGUUUUGUUUUCUGUUUCUUUGAGAGGGGAGAGAGGCAAAGGUUGUUUCUUUCUUCACCUAUUUCGUUUCCUUUGCAAAUAGGAAAGAACUGUGUUUGAAAAUAGCUGUUGUUUCUUCCUUACACAAAUUGUUCUUGAAAAGCUACAUGAUGACAAUCAUGUUACAGGAGCUUAUAUACUUUCCUAUAGCAUCACAUGAAAAUCAGCCUUAGUAAUUCCUCCAAAGUAUAACUUCGUAAAUUGUUUUCAUUUGCAGUAGGACUUGAGACAGAUGGGGAGGAAGACUAGAUUUGAUGAUUUCCACAAGUACAAUGAUGAGACUUGUGUUAGAUUUUUUUUUUUUUUAAUGCAAUAAAACAUUGUAGUUAAGGGAAUUGGAUGUAGGUCUUGUGCUAACUGAUAAUUGCAAAGUGCUGUUCCUUUCAAGGGACGUGGUCAGUUCUACUUUCUGAGCUACUCAGGAUAUUUUAUAUAUAAGAUUCAUUUAACAGAAAAGAAGUAUGCUUCAGGUUGAGAAGCGUGAACCACUCCCCUCUUUGAGCUGACAGUUACUACUCAUUAUUUUCAGUAAAAUAGAGAAUUUAGCUUUACUCCAUUCUCCAUUUAUCUGUCAGUAGGAAACAGCUGUCCAAAUACUGUUUGUAGAGACUUAUCCCCGGUUUUUAGGACUGUAGGAGCUUUUCCAUCAACGAGAGAAGAAAAAAGUUGAAAAUUCCAGAUCAGAGAGUGGCAGGGAAACCACGUGAAUGCUGUUGCUAUUUGAAAUAACAUCAGUUAUCUGGUCUUGAAGAUUCAGGCCAAGAGAAUCCAAAGGAGCUGGUCUCAAGAGGGAGAAAAGGAAGUUAAUUGAAUUCUUGAGCACUUUUUCAGGGAUAUUGUCUUAAGAGUUAGGAAUCCAUUAAGAGACUUAAGUGUAGCUAAUGCCUAAUCAUGGUAGCCGUCUCAGUGGUUCAUUAAGUAGAGCAAGUAUUAGUGCUACUGUUCUAAAAGAUUUUGGAGCUGGAAAUAAAUCAGCUUUUCUUCCUCAUACUUAAGUUCAGCUCAGAAAGCUUUGAAGUUGCUCACUUACAUAAAGCUAUGAUGAAGAUGGAUAGUAGUUCUAUCACUGUUUAUAAGAUGGUAGGAUCCUUUUUCUUAUGUGAUGUGAAUGAAUCUUUAACAAAGCUAGUUUCUUUUGACAGAGCUCAGAAUGCGCAGGCCAGGUGAAUUGGGCUAUUUCAAACCACUGCGUCAUGUUUGAACUCUGAAGAAUAACACCCCAAGAUCUAUGUAUGUCAGUAGCAAUUAUCCUGAAUUCAGCAGAUAGCCAUAAGGUAUGUUGGUACUGUAAUUUGCAUCACGAGCAGGGUCAGAUCUCGUCCACCCACCACCUUUAAUGGUUCUUCAGCUGUUGAAGUAUUUGCUGGAGGAGAUGUACUUAAUACUAUUUGCUGUACUCUCAAGGUGAGUUUUUCUCAUCUCAAAAUUUUCACGUUUUUAUAUUUAAAGCUCUCAGAUCCACUAGGACAGAGUCCUUGCAGACUGCUGAGGAUGACCUUUUUGAUGGUAGCUACUAAGCAGAAUAUCAAUGGACAAGAUCCUUCAGAAAGGUUGUGUUUACCUUUGUAAAUAAUCAAUAGAAAAAAACAUUUCUCUUGAGAAGCUCUUAAUAAAACAUACCAUGGGCCUUAUAAAAGAAUGUAAAAGCCAAGUCUUCUGCUACUGACACUGCAACUUGAGCAGCCCUAGAGGCACAGCUGAGACCACUCUCAGUUCCCAUUAUAUCCAGUUCCCUAGGCAGUAGAUGUAGCAGCCUUGAUUCUUUUUUUUCAGUUUAUUAUCAUAGAACUGAUAGACUCACCCAUCAUGGGAUUAGGUGAGCUCCUAAAUAGAAGCACUUGGAAGGUUCUUCAUAAACCUUGAGAUGUUUUCUCUGUGCCAACAUUUCUCUGCAGUCUUUCACAGGCAGCUGUGAAACUACAUUUUUAUUGUGAAAGGUGGCUGUGGGAAUACUCACUUCCUUGUUUCUCCCACUGUAUUAGAAAUUACUGCUGCUGCUUUGGGGCUGCAAUUCUCUCCUUGGGGAGAUUUGUACUCACACAUUUCAUUUCCUUCAUUUCCCUGCAUCAUAUCUCUAUAUAGAGUGACUUCGCCUGAAUGGUAGCCAUUUACUGAGCAUUGUGUAGUUCAGAACUGCUGCUGCUGCAUGCUUUGGUUUUAAAGAUGGUUUCUGCCCUGUGCUUUCAAUAUUCAGAUGAACAGUCUUUUUUUUCCUCUUAGUGAACUUGUAUAGGGUUAACUUAGAAUCUGCAACUAAAAAAAACAUUUGCUAACCUAA